AUGGGCCAACCCUCUCAACAAGACUCCUCAGGCGAAGCCUCAGAGUCAUCGUCCAUCAUCCACGACAACAACUUGACUUACGUCCGUCAGACAGCAGGUAAUGGAACGUCAGGCUACCAAGAAGCCGUCGGCGCACCCGUCGAAACGCGCUCUCCGCUGGGAUACCAUGUUAACUGGUUAACCAUCAUCUUCCUCAACCUAAAUCACAUGGUCGGCACGGGUAUCUUCUCUACACCAGCGACAAUUCUUCGUCUCACAGGCUCUGUGGGACUGGCGCUUGUAUACUGGGUCAUUGGCUUUAUCCUAGCCGUCGCUGGGUUGGCUGUGCAUAUGGAGUUCACCAGUUACUUUCCUAAUCGCAGUGGUUCAGAGGUUGUAUGGUUGGAGCAGGGUUUUCCGAGACCGAAGCAUUUCUUUCCUGUUGCUUUUGCGGUGCAGAGUGUUCUGUUGUCGUUCAGUAGCAGUAAUGCUAUCGUUCUGUCGAAUUAUCUCUGGCGCAUCGUCGGACGCGCGCCGGAUCCUUGGGAAUUGAAGGGUGUGGCUAUCGCGGCUUAUACAUUGGCUGUUAUAACUGUCAUCGCGCAUAACCGGUACUCUCUCUACGCCAUCAACGUAUUUGGCGCUCUGAAGCUUAUUUUGCUGGUCUUCAUCUCGAUCUCGGGUCUUGUCAUUCUUGGAGGUAACUUUGGUAGUAUUCCAGACCCGAGUCUCAACUAUCGCCAUGGCUUUGAAGGGACUACCUCAAGCGGAUACAAUCUGUCGCAAGCAAUGGUGAACAUCAGUUUCGCAUUCUCAGGUUGGCAGAAUGCGUUCAACAUGGCAAACGAGAUCAAGAAUCCCAUCCCAACUCUCAAACGCAACGCAAGCGCCUCUCUUCUCAUCGUCUUCGUUCUCUACUUUCUCUGCAACAUCGCUUACUUCGCCGCUGUACCAAAGGACAUAUUCCUCGAAUCAAGCGAACUCGCUGCAGCAGUCUUCUUCCGCACAGCAUUCGGAUCCUCAGCUGAAUCCGCCCUCAACUUUUGUGUUCUGCUUAGUUCAUUCGGCAAUCUCCUCGCCGUCCUCGUUAGUCAAUCUCGUCAGAUCCGUGAGAUUGCGCGACAGGGUGUUCUGCCUUGGACGGAGUUUUGGGUAUCGACUAAGCCCUUCGGUACACCUGUUGGGCCGUAUCUUUUGAAGUGGGCGUUUACCUUUUUGAUGAUCGUUGCGCCUCCGGCUGGUGAUGCGUUCCAGUUUGUUGUUUCGCUGAAGACGUAUCCCGAGGCCAUGUUCUAUUUUGCGAUGGGUGUCGGCCUUCUACUCAUUCGUCGUAGAAGAGCUAGAUCCGGUACACCACCUUCUGACUUCCGAGCGUGGUAUGCUCUUGUCAUUCUGUACCUCUUAUGCCAAGCGUACCUACUUGUCAUGCCCUGGAUUCCUCCCGUGGAUGGUAUCUAUGGUGGAACAGUCAGUUUCCUUUGGUGCACUUACAUGAUUGUCGGAAUUGCCAUCAUGGGUGUCUGCGGUCUUUACUACUACCUCUGGAUGAAGCUCAUUCCACGAUUGAGAGGUUACAGUAUUCGGUCUCAGGUCAUUUCGGUUGAUGAUAAUGGUGCCAAUACGCACCGUCUCCUGCGUGUGCCCAACAAUGAGGUUGCGGAAUGGGAUGCUACUCAUGAUGAACUUGGUCGUGAUUUACCGCCUCAACGGAUAGUGCACAGAAACACCGGUGGAUCGGCGAAGUAG